AUGGCUAUCCUUCGGUUUCCCGACCUUUAUGCCGAAAACACUCCGUUUCCAUUUUUUGAACUGUCGAGCGUUCAAGUCCCAGACAACUACGGCGACAUUGAACUGACGCUUACCAAUGUGACGGCUGUCCGCAAGGAACAGCAAGUCAAACAAGUUUAUCGUGCCACCGUCGAUGUUAAAUCCGGAUCCCCGGAGGCCACCGAACAAAUUCCUAGUGGGGUUAUUUGUAAGGUUGUGUAUGGCAGGCGAUCCAGGGACGCAUUGGCCGUCGAAGCCCACAUUUACGAGAUACUACGAGACCUGCAGGGCAGGUCUAUACCAUGCUGUCUUGGUCUAUAUAAAGGCGAGAUGGAGGAUGGCUUGGCGGCAUGUCUCCUGCUGGAGGAUUGCGGGCGAGAGCUAGAGAGAAAAUUGCGCUACACAGACUGGAGAUUCAGACGACAACUUUUCGAUACUUUGGAAGAGAUGCAUCGCAAAGGCAUCAAACAUGGCGAUAUUGUUGAAAACAACAUUGUGGUUAACCACGAAGGAUCGCCUAUCGUUGUCGAUUUUUCCACAGCGACGACCAAACAUGACUGUCAGUACAAGCCGCCCCUCAAAUUUGACAUUGUGGAGCCGGACGAGGUCGAAUUUGGAUGCGUCGAGCUACACAGAGCCGCUGUAUUUGCUGAUGUGUGGCUACCUCAGACAAUGCGGUACAUGGGAUCAAACAUCCCCACGCGGCGCGCGCUGACACCUGAGAUGCUUGCCGAGUCAGCGCCUCGGUGUGUCCCACCGCAGAGGGCUCUUGAGGAAGCACGCUUAUCUCUCAAGGUUUUUCGCCGGGCGCUUGCCAAGCGAGCGCAGUGCGAGCCUUAUACCUACGAAUUCGACACGAUGGGCUUCCAAUAA